CUUCAUCCUAAAACAAUGUGUAUAAAACUUUUUCCUAAAUACUUAAUUCAAAGCAGUUUGGUUUUCCCACAUACAUCUUGUGACACGUGGAAAUGUGGAGACAAUGGGAUUUACAGCAUCUGUGCUGAUGUGUACUAAAUUAUGAAACCGGUUAGAGCUCGUCUUCGGGUCAAUAACAUGCUCCCAUAGCAUCUUUUCCAAUAUAUGAAAUCACAUUUAGCAGGUAUUCAAUGGCUAUCAUAGCAGAUUCAUUUUAUUCUCAAAUAUUUACAUUUUACUGGUCACUCCAGUCACCUCCUUCUGCUUCUUCAUCUACCAUUUCACCUAGAUGUUGCUUUUGCUUUUUUUCUUCAGUUUCAUCACCUUUUAUGUGCACACUGCAGCAUAAAUGUGCUAAUUGUUCAUUGCUGGAUAUCCGUCUCUGUUCUGGGGAAGUCACACAUGGGAGUUUGUGUUCUCUCAGGAUUUGGGGAGUUGCCUGGUGACGCAACUCUAAUUGUUGUCUACCUGUAGCUGGUGUCAGGUGUCUCUGAGAUGCGGUCAAUUUAGGUUCCUACUGAAUCUUGUCACAUGGCAUGAGUGAGAAAAGAAACUGAAAGAAAGUUUUACAUUGUUUUUCAGCAGAUUCUGGCUCAAAUACAGAGGUAAUUUUGCAAAAUAUCAUAAAGGUUGGUGUUCUGGUUUGUUUUAUUUGUUUUAUUUCUGUCUCUUGCCUCGUGAUGUGUCUUCCUGUUAACCACUUUACUUGCAUUAUUAAUUAACCCAAAGAAAAAAAGAAGAAGAAAAGUCAAAAUACAUGAAGUGGAAAGAGGGACAACUACAAUGUCUGUCACAGAAAUGUAAUCGCCUUCUCUUUGGAAAAUCUGCAGAAAAGAUGAAAUAUUUUAGAAAUUUGUUCACUUUAGGUUGAAAAAAUAAAGUUACAGAUCAGAAAAGUAAACAUUUCAACUGCCCUUGGUAUAAGACACCGUACAAGAUGCUCAAAAAUGAAAAAAUGCAAUAUUUUACUUCUAAAGUGAAAUCAACAGUAUUUAUGUCUAUCCAGGUGCACCUGUAAAACCCUCAACAAAGGCAGCAUACACAAGUAACAGGAGAAUUAAAGUAGUACAGUAUUUUAAGAUUUAUUUUAAUGUAAAAAGUCUCUAUUUUGCCAGUUUUCCAUUUCAGACACAUUGCAUUCCUAUACCAAAUUGCAGGAAAUUGUUUACAAAGUACUUUUAAGGAACUACUGUCAGUUUAGACAAACUCCCUCCAGGCAAUAAAUUAUUUCUUGCUUACAUGUAAAACCAUCACUACUGUCUUUAGCUCAAUAUCACUUUGGAAACACUUGACACACACUUAAAAUUAAAAUGUUUCUGUAAAUCUCCAGUUCUAACGAUAUCUGGAAACUAGUUUGCAAUACCAAAAGUUAUGCAGCAGCUCUGCAUGUUACCUUCUGUAUUUACCCAGAGACAUACGUUUGUGUGUGUUGGUAGAAGUUUAUUUUCCUUCAGGUGUGUUUCCAGCUGUACUGCACCUUUAAAAGAAAACAACUAAAACCCCCCAAAUGUGUGUCCCUGCUCUCCCCUAAUCCUACCCCAUUCAGCUUCAACUGUAUUUUUGGACAGAAAUGCACCAAUUAAAUAAAUUCCAGCCUACUUUGAUCUACUAAAACACGAGACACGCACCCCUCAACAGCAGGGGUGAACGCACUUUGCUUCUCUCUCUCCUUCUUGCAGAUUCCUCCCUACCUCUCUCUCUCCCCUUCUCCCCGCUCUGCUCCUCCUCUUUCUUCUCUUGGCGUCAUUAUAAUCCUUCCUCCAUGCUGAGGUACAGUAGAUAGACGCAGAGUAGAGACAGACUGAGGGGAAAAGAAAAAAGGAAAAGUUCUCAGUCUCUCCUCCUCACUCGUUUCUUCGAACCUGUCACUCCUUCGGCUUAUGUUAUUCUUUGAUUCUUCUUUUCUCUCAUUCGUUUGUUCUUUCCUUCCUCUUCCUCUGAGCUUUUAUAGACUCCGAUGAGAGAGAUGGGAUGUGGAAAUUCCUCCCCUAACACCAACAACAACAGCAGCAGCAGCACUGCAGGUCCUGCUGAGUCUUCAUCAAAGGUUUCAGAAGAGUGUGUGCCAGAAGACGACAAAUGGCAGAACUAUGGAGGUGUGUAUGUGGGCUUUCCUGCAGACCUGAGCAACAUCCCUCAAGUACAGAUUGGAUCCCUCAGAGAGAGUGAGAGAGACUCAUCCCUCAGGAAGCCGCUGUGGGGGAACGGCCUCUAAUUUUUAAUGAAGAACCAGGUGCUACAGAAGAAUGAUAUGGCAGCAGGGAGUUUGUCGAGUGACGAGAAGAAGAAGAAAAAGUAGAAGAAGAAGAAACCCUUCCGGCGCUCCUCAGGUCCUCACUUUUGUCAUCAGCAACCCAUUAAAUCUGAAAUGGGAAACAGCUGCACCCAGUGGAGCCAAUCUCCUCUCUCAGCGCUGCUUGUAUGGAAGCAGAUGUCAACCUAAAACAGGGCUGUUUACUAAGAUGAAGGCGUUUUGAUCCCUGCGUGAAGAACCGGGAGGCUGCAGGGUUUUAAUUUGUCCCUUGACUUCAGAGGACUCCACAGGGUGCAUUUCACUUGGCCUUAUUGGCUGCAUGUUGUGUAACUGCUUAAGGAAGUGUCAGCAGCAGGUGAAUCUAUAUCAGCUUAUUAACACAAAAAAUGGCAGAGACGCUGUGCUUGUUUGUCGAGGGUGAAAAAUGCUAAUUUAAGGUUUGAAUAUCAAGCAGGAGUACAUGUAAAAAGGAGGCAUCUGGUGAUAUUGAGUCAAAAAAAUCCAAAAACCAACAAUGAAUUGGCCAUGUAUUGUUUGUCUAUCCUAAACUAUUAAAAACACAUCAAUGGCUGGGUGCACUGGGUGACAUAUUCUUUCAUGACCAUGAACACACAUUAUUUUGACUCAAUCCCACAACACCGUCCUGCUGUCCCAAAUACCUUUAAGAAUGAAAGUAUAUAUUUAUGAGUCCUUUUUAAAGAUUUGUAUCUUUAGCACGAACCAGUGGUCUUGGUGCCUAGUUAAGGAAGUAAUUUCAUUGUUCGUUGUGAUCUUUUAACAGGAUUUGUUGACAUUAAUAAAUCUUAUAAACGCUCUUAAAAAGGUUAUAUUUUCACAUCUAACUCGAGCAUACUCAAGCAAAACAACCACACGAUGUAUAAAGAUUAAGUUUUUUGACCUAUGUGAAGGACAUUUGCUUUGUUGUGUUAAUAAGAACUAGGGUUGAAUGAUUUUGGGAAAUAAACUAUUUUUUUUGCAAUUGCA